AGCUGGAGGGACCAACCGCCAGCUCUCUCUGGGGACAAGCAGCCAUGGGACUGAGGUGCGGGAUAAGGACCACCAAGUGCCAGCUGCUGGUGACCAGCCUCUGUGUCAUGCUGCUGGGGUUGUCCAUUGCCACGCUGAGCACAGUCACCCACUACGGGCUCCAUUUCACCCUCAUCAGCAACAUCUCCCUGGAGAGCAACUCCUACAGGGUCAUCCACCACGCAGCCUUCUACUUUGGGAUCUGCCUCAGCAUGACCCUGAUCCUUGCAGCCCUGCUGAGCUCUGCCGCCACGGUGCGGGAAUCGCAGUGCCUCACCGCCAUGGGAUUUUUCUGUUUUGCUCUGGCUUUCUGCGGAUUGAUCCCAGCUGCCUGCUGGAGAUACAUGCACAGCACAGAGGUGGAAGACAGCGUGAUGGAUGUGUACGAUCUUGUGUACGAGGAGGUGAGGAGGAACGCCUCCAGCUUCAGGAGGCACGAGCUGACUGCCAUCCACGAAGCAUUCCUGUGCUGUGGGAAGCACUCUCCGUUUGGGGACACGACCAAUGUUGAGCACGAGACGUGCCCACCCGGCCAGGAGGGUGAUGCGGAACAGGACUGCCUGCGAGAGAUCCACAACUUUCUGAAGAAGCACAUGGACUUCGUCUCCACGCUCCUGGGUGUCACCAUCGGCUUCAUGGUUUAUGGGAUGAUCCUGACUUCAUUCCUCUGGUUCUCCAUCCACUUCAGCAGCAACCUGGAGCGGAAAGGCAGAUACGUCCUGCGAGAAGGGUAGAAACCCACCAGCUGGGCAUCCUUACCAGGAUUUAGUCAACCUCCUAGAGCUUGAUGCCACACAGAUUUCACAGGGGCUUGUUCAACUUCCAGCCUUAGCUCUGUGUUUAUCUAGCUUCGCUAACCCACUGCGCUGCUGUGCAAUACAAAAGGACUUUGAUAUUACACAUACACACAGGACUGAAGUUUGAAUCCAUAAGAGAACAGCACUGAUCUCCAGCCAGAUCAAACAAUACAAUGUCCAACUCCACGUCUCUUUACAUCACCUUAUCAAUAAUAAACAGAAAUUUUAAAAGCCUCAAUCAACUGAAGAACUCGGCUCUCAGUCUAGCUCAAACGACAGCUCCCUGCUGUGCUUUGCCCUCAUUGCAAGGAGGCAGAGCUGCUUCUGAGCUGAAACCCAUCAUUGCAACAGAUUUAGCACCUGCUGGAAAACCUGCUGUAAACUAUACGGCUAUGUGAAAUGCCUGUUGAACCAACAACAGCUUUCAGCCCUCUCCUUCGUUGUGGCUUUUAGCCAUGAAAAACAGUAAGUAGCAAUUGUUCAUUGAGGUAAAUGUGGAAACCCCGGUACUGAUGUUCGGGGCAGGUCCUGGCCCUCAGGCAGGGGCUGCCACACGUACAAGAACAGCAGUACAGCCUGCAGCACCUGGUUAGCAUUUCAACAUGGCUGCAAAUAUCUUGCAUUGGAAAGAAUUGCGUUGGGGGAUGGGGAAAGGGCUAUUGCUCCUCAUCCCGCUCCCUUGGAACCAGCGGAGCUUCACCAUUGACUUCACUGGAAGCAGGAUCAAGUUCAAAUUGCUCCAGAGUAUUACUCAAGCUCCCCCCGGGCAGUCACCAACACGCCUCGGUCUAGCAGUGAUUUAGUGGCGAUACGCACUUGCCAAUAUACCCACCUUCUAGCAGUGGGGAAAGAUUCACUUACAUGUAUGUAUGUACUGUGAAGUGUAUUGCUCUCUGGAGAGAGACAAUCUCCCUUGUAAGCUCCAGUUGCUAUUGUCCAGGCCACUGCUAUUGUUAUUCCUCAGGCCAGCUGGCAGCUCAUGUGACUCAUGGUUUCUUCAAUAAAGAUGAAUUUCUUGCAAAAGGCCAUCAUUCCUUCUCUUUUUCUGCCGUACAUGAGGCUGCCUGCAUUGCUCAGGGGUUUGCGUCAUGGAGAGCCCUCAGUAAUUCUUUCAGUGCUGGGAAGAGAUAUUCUCCGGGCAGCUGGCGCUUGCCUGUCCCAGCAGCAUGCCUUAGCACCCAAGAGGGAGAGGAUGGCUUUGGUCCUUUGGGGGAAAAGGAGACGCUCAUCAGCCUCAUCCUACCCUCAGCCAGCUGCUGGGGCAGCAGGCAGGUACCUCGUGAGGAGUAACGCAAGCAGGGGCAGGAAAAAAAGCUUAAGGACGCAUUUAAACAAUAAAGACCGGAGUGUUUAUAUGAAAGAAAUCUCUAUGGUUUCACUUUUUUAAACACUAGGUAGUCAGGUCUUGCCCACUGCUCUGUGUUGGUGGGAUGAUGUUCUGCCAUAUCAAAAACUAUUGGAGAUCAAGCAGAUCAGUGGAGUCCAUGUCAUCGGCGUGGGUUACCUGCUGUAGCCUCAUUGACUAGUAGAAAAGAUCUCUGUUGAAACUUCACCACCAGCACUGCUAAAGCUUUAGGUGCUCCUCCUUCCCAGGUCAAUUUUUAAUGUAAAGGGAUGAUUAUGGACAGGAGUAGCACAUAUAUGACAAAGAAACCUGAAAGGCUAUCGUAUCCCCCGCCCCCAGCUCUCAUUUCCCUUGAAUCACGUGUGAUCACUGAAACUCCCUCAGAAGCAGCAGGCACCUUUCCGGCCCUGGCCAUAUAGGCGUGCAUGUGCGUAGCUGCUCUUUUCACACCUCUGCAAGGAUUUCUGCUGCUUGCGGCAGGGAUGAGAACAUGACCUGCACCAAACCAUCUCACAAGGGGAUAAUGUGCCCGGAGAGUCGUCGUUUCCUCUUCCCAAUAAGCAGGAGACUAGAAGCAUGCAAUUUCUUGUCCCAGGGAGCUGGAAGUUCCCUUUCUUCCUCUGACAGCCAACCAUGGGGUUUAGGUAAUUAUUUUGGUACAAAAUACACCAACAAACUGUAAUUAAAAAAAAAACGCAAACCUUGUUCUGUACGUACACGCUGGCCAUCUCAUGAUCUUUACUCCCAUUUCACCUGCUGCUGGAGUUCCCCUGCAGGCAGCAGCACCUUUAAUGAGCGGGUGGCAGAGCAGUGCCUGGCCAGACCCGUGCUGUGUGUCACAGCAGGGGCUCCCGCCGCCCUGCGAUGGCAUCCCGCUCUCGUUUUCAGGAGCAGGAAAGCAAUACCUCCGACUCCUCGGUUUUUAGAAACCUGUUGCAGAAAAGUACAGUGUUACCAUUUCGUUCGCAGUCAUAGAAAUGGCAGCACCCAGGGAUGGCUGGAUGGAAGCCGCGAGGCGGGCAGGUGUCAAGCAGGUUCUUCUUACACCCGCGCCAACAAAAAAGCCCUGACCUGCAGUCAAUGUGCUUGCACUUACCAGUCCCUAAUUUGCUGCUCGCUGUGGGCAAAUUACAGCUCUUGAGCAACCAGAGCAAAACCUGGGGAAACUAUUUGUAAGCGCUGCCGAGAUUUACUCGGUGUUGAGAAGAGCAAGAGAGAGAUUUUGUCAGGGUAAGAGCACGGAGCUGAGCAGUGGGGAUGCAGAGCCAGCAGCCAGGCAAGGGAACACGUGCAGACCCGCUGAGCCUCCCCAGGGCUUGCACAAGGGGAAGCGCACCCUUACGAGCUUGUCAACACUCAAACUCUGGUAGGAGAGAAUUCCCUAUUAAUGUAGGCAUAGGCAAGAGCACAAAAAAAAUUAAAGUGAGACCAAAGGUGCGAAGUUAAAUAUUUCAUUGUGAAUUGGCUCCAAUUAAUUGUCAGUUAAGCUCCAGCAAUUAUCAGUUAGUUCCGCUAAGGUCACCUGGGCAAUUGCAGUUUGGCCUCUCUAUGGGUCUGCGUUAGUUUGUGCUCACGCGUUACCCUUUUCCU